UAAAUUUUCCCAGCUGAGAGUGGCGGGCGAGGGAUGCAGACGACAGCUUUCAUUCAGUUACCAGAGAGCCACCAUGAAGAGUAGACUACCGUACUUCGCUGUGGGCACGGUUGUAAAAGGCUUCGGGAGGGGAUCCAAGGAGCUGGGAAUCCCUACAGCCAAUUUUCCUGAGCAUGUUGUAGAGCAGCUGCCAGCAGAGAUCCAGACAGGAAUCUACUAUGGCUGGGCUAAGGUGGACAAUGGCCCUACCCACAAAAUGGUCAUGAGCAUUGGCUGGAAUCCUUAUUAUAAGAAUGAAAAGAAAUCCAUGGAGAUCUAUCUCUUCCAGGAAACACACAUCAUGCAUGUCUUUGAGGAUGACUUCUAUGGGUCUGAGCUGAAAGUCAUCAUGCUGGGAUACAUCAGAGGAGAGAAGAACUUCAACUCUUUGGAGGAGCUCAUAACAGCCAUCAAAGGUGACAUAGCUGAGUCUGACAAACAACUAUCCCUACCUGAGCACCAAAACUUCAAAAGCCAUCCAUUUUUCACUGGGAGGUCUGAGCCACACUGCAAUGGUAUUACUAAGGAAGACAUUGCUAAUGGCAUCAGUAAUGGCCUUCCUGAUUCCAAGAAACUCAUCAAUGGUUCUUUAGAAAAUGGAGAUAACAGUUAAAAAGUACAAACUGCCUUAGAGUUUAUGGUUUUAUCUGAUUCAUAAUCUUAGGGGUGUGCUUUUCCUGUUAAUGGAAGAAGUCUGGAAAUGGUUGAACCACAUUUAUGAAGGAUCCCACAAAAGUGUGAAAAUUUCAUGUCAUUUCAGUAAUUAAUUUUAUAUCAGUUCUGUAAUUGGAAGAGAGAGGAGAAAGUAUAAGUUUAACAUAGAUGAAUCUCUGCUACUAGUAUUUUAUUAUAUUUAGGUUUAGAAUAUUUUGAAUUGUUUUACAUAUCCAGUUAGCAUUUCCCUAAAUAUUUAUAUACAUAAAUAUUUUUCUUUUUAACAGUUUAAGUUCUGUUAUUUACAGAGGUAUGGCCAGGAAGAGUUGGUUAACUCUCAUAGUUGCUGCUGUUAGGCUGGUAGACUGUGAUAAAUUAAUCCUGGAAAUGGUGGCAUCCAUUCCACAUGCAACCCAAAACAGGACCACAUAAAUGUGCAAUCCUUAGGUUAACAUUUAAUUUCUUAAUUUAUUGUACAUAUAGAAAGAGUUCACAAAUUAAUUAUUUGUUCUUGUUGUUGACCUCACCAUCAUUGUUUUGUAAUGUUGAUGUAUAUAAAACAACCAGUUUCAAAAUUAUUAUUUUAGUGGUUUCAUGAUCAUUUGGUAAGGAAUGAUAACAUUUACUUAGUGUGAAGGGAUAAUAUUGAAGAUUCAAAAAGUCUUUCUGCUCCUUCCAGAAAUAUAAAACUCAUUAUGUACUUAACCCUGAAGUGGGUGUCACCCUGGUUCAUAAGUAAAUUAUUUUAAGGCCUGGUCACACACUGUAUGGCUGGGUUGGAAUAAUAUUGCCAUCCAAUUUCAUGAAUGUUGUCAAAGGUGAUGAAAAGGGAUUGGAUGAAAUUAAUUGGGACUUCCUGUAUUUUUAUUUCUACAUUGAGGCAAAGCAUGAUGUCUUGCCCCAACUAAUCCCCUCUAAGGUGCAUGUCAGCCCUGUAUAUAAACAGACAGAUAAGUUGAUUGACAAAUAGGUAACUUGGAAGAAUAUUUGUGCAUCAUUUCAUAGGUAUGACAUUUCUAGAUAUUUUAAACUAACAACAAAUGUCAUUUUUACCUUGUAGAUUUAAAUAUUUAUGCCAAAACUAUUUGAUAAUGAAUGGAAAAGAUAAAUCAAUAUUUUGAAAUAUGACUUAAGUGAUACAUUUCUCAAAUUGUUCCCAAGGAUGAAAAUGUAGUGUGUUUUAUCCAUCCUGACAUGAUGUGUGAAGUACAAUAUGUAUGAUUUUAUUAGCACAGAAGAAUGUAUUGAUUGUUAGAUUAAAGAACAAGUGCUAGAGAUCAAAGUUACAUGUUAAUGAAAUUAAAUAGAAAUGAUAAGCAAAAGCAAAUAUUGUAAGUUUUGUAAACCUUUAAUUUUCCCUUUUUUGUAUCUAUACAUGGAAUAAAAAAAUAAAUAGAAUGUGAAAUGUGCAUGGUGAAGGUUCUUUCAAGUGAAUGCAGUUUUGUGAAGAAACUUACAGUUGCAUGACCAUUUUGUUCCCAGUGUAAUUUCAUAUGCCUCAAGCUCACAAGCUACAGGUGCAAUCUUACAUCACCAUUAUUUCUACACUUUGCAAUAUACCCAGUAAUAUUUUAUCUUUUUACCUUUUGUAUUUUCAAAUAUUCUGCAGAAGCAGUUUAUUAUCUAUACACUUUUAUCUGUCUGUUUAUAUCAAUUGGUCUUGUCCUCAUACAGCUAGCCAUCUCCCACACAUGUAGUAGGAUGGCAUCGAGUAAAGCUAAAGUUUUGUACCUAUAUAGUUUUGUAGUGCAUAUACAGCUUGUCCUUUAUUUUAAGUUUCAGGUGAUGUUUUACAUGUUUGGUAUAAAUGCCUUCAUUGCAAACUCCUGCCUGAUGCAUGAUGUUUCCAGUGAUUAAAUAGUAAUGCUGUUAUAUAAUAAAGGGAAAACAGUUGUAGAGUUGGAAAAUGCAAUAGUAUCAGUCUUUUUAUUUUUUUAAUACAUAUUUAUUUGCAGCUAGUAGUAACUAUUACAUAUGUAUAGAUGCCCACAAAAAUAGUUUUGUGUCUGUCACUUACAAUAAUUGCAUGGUGUAGUUUUGUUGUGUGAUGCUAAUUUGAGACUUGAGUAAUUUUGGGUUAAUGAGAAUUUUGUAAUGGAUGGCAAAGGCAGUCUCUCUCUCUCUCUCUCUCUCUCUCUCUCUCUCUCUCUCUCUCUCUCUCUCUCUCUCUCUCUCUCUCUCUC